AUGGACACAGACAAGAUGCAGGCCUACAACCAGGCUGCUCUGAACGAGUUCGUCAUGCUCCCAGUCUCACGCGACAUGAUCAGCCAUCUGGCCUUGCAAGCAUCCAAAGUCAUCCGCUGCGAAAGCCAUGUGACCGCAUCAUCCGUUAACCAGCACGGCCAGCCCACUCCUCCAAGUACCCCACCAAUGGAGCCGUCUGACAAUCUCCCGUUGCUGCCACCCCUCGAGACCUUCAUCACCUCCCUGGUGCAUCGGUCGCAGGUCCAGGUUCCGACCUUGAUGACCUCCCUAGUCUUCCUGAACCGUCUCCAGGCCCGUCUGCCCCCCGUCGCCAAAGGCAUGCGAUGCACUGUCCACCGCAUCUUCCUCGCUUCUCUCAUCCUGGCGGCCAAGAACCUGAACGACUCGAGUCCCAAGAACAAGCACUGGGCCCGUUACACCGUCGUCAGGGGUUAUGAGGGAUUCGGCUUCUCCCUAGCCGAAGUAAACCUCAUGGAGCGUCAGCUUCUUUUCCUCCUAGACUGGGAGACCCGCGUAACCGAGCAAGAUCUGCUCGACCAUUUCGAGCCCUUCUUGGCUCCUAUCCGCAAGCAGUACGAAAUCGCCGAGCAACAGCAGGAACUCGUCCAGACUCGUCACCACGACUGGUGGCGUCUCAACGCAUCGGCCGACUCCCUUGCUGCUCGACUUCGGCGUCAGAAGCAAGAGAUGCGCGGAGAAGUUCGCAGCACCGCUCAGAAGCGCCCACAGAACACUCCUGCUCAAGCCCUCCCGCUCAACCGCAACUCUCCUCUCUCGGUGCCGGAAGAUGGAGAUCGCUACAGCCCUUACCACCGCCGUCGACCUUCCCCUUACCGUCACGCCAACCGCUCCAUCUCCCCGCCUUCAGUCAAAGACAUCCCUGCAUUGUCGCGAACUGAAACCCGCAACUCACUGGCCCCAUCCUCUCGAUCAUCCAGCGUGGCACCCAGCGCCCGCAGCACUCCUGGAAGUAUGAGCACCUGCUCCUCCAGCCUUGACGACGUCAUGGUCGCCGAUGGGAAUGCCAGCCCAGCCAGCUCGGCUCUCAGCUACAGCUACGUCAAUGUGCAGGCCAUGCACCCUUACUCCAAGGACCAACCACUCUCUCUCACCUCGCAGCCCAGCAAGAAGAUCAAGACAUCCGCUAGCAUGGGAGGCUCCGGUGGUGGUUUGAUGGCGCGGUUUCUCGCAUCUGCUACUAGCGUGUAUAUGGGCGGUCGCAUAUCUCGGCCCAUUGCUCAAAAUUAG